UGAUAUACUUGACAGAUAGUUCGUUGCUAUCUUACUGUCAUAGAUAGCUUGAUGAACGUUAUUUUUCAGGAGGCAUUUGUUUAGUCAGGUGUAAAGUUUCUUAAAAUGCCUCCCAAAAAACACAAAGACGCAAAGGUGAACAUUUCCAGCUCAUUAGAGGAGUCCGAAGACUUUAGUUUAGAAACCACAGUUCCCACCGAGGACAUUUCAUCUUCCGACGAGAGAGAUGGGGCGCAGAAGAUCACCAGACAGCUAAUUGAGAGAAAAGAGUUGCUUCACAAUCUCCAGCUGUUAAAGAUAGAGCUGUCACAGAAAAAUCUCAUCAUUGACAACCUUAAGGUGGACCAUCUGACUAAGACUGAAGAGUUGGAGGAGCGACUCAACGAAGCUCUUCAUCAGAAGCAGCUGCUGGCCUUGCGUCUUGACAGCCAACUUAAACUGCAACAGGAUGAGAACAGGAAGCAGCAGGCUUUCAGGAAACAGGAAAUGGACACCAUUCUGUUGAGGCAGAAGCAGCUGGAAGAGACCAACAGGCAGCUCUGUGAAAAAGCAGGUGACAUACGGCGCAGUCUGAGAGAUCUGGAACUGACCGAGGAGAAAUACUUUGAACUCAAGGACCUACCCGAGGAAAAGCUCUCCAUCCCAGAAUAUGUAUCUGUGCGAUUCUAUGAAGCGGUAAAUCCCUUGAGGGAACAGGUGAAGGAACUUCAGUUGAAAAAGGUCAGCCUGUCAGAGGAUCUCGACAGUCACAGAAGUCAGAUAAAGUCCCUGAUGGAGAGCUAUGAAGAUGAAAGGAGAAUGCGUUCUGAGCUAGAAAUCAGAAGCCAGCGUCUUACACUGGAGCUGGCAGAUGUAAAACAGCUCAUACAAGAGGGGGACUACAAGCGGGAAAACUAUGACAAAGUGAAACGUGAAAGAGAUGCUUUUGAGACAGAAAUCGGUGAUUUGAGAAGGCGGCUGGACAUGCUUGACGUCACACAUACUGCUCAAACUAAGGAGAGGAAUGAUCUGAGCAAAGAGGUGGCCACUCUGCAGCAGACAGUUACUUUGCUACAGAAAGACAAAGAGUAUCUGAAUCGUCAGAACAUGGAGCUGAGUGUCCGCUGUGCCCAUGAGGUGGACCGCCUGGAGAGACUGCAGGUCCAGCUGGAGGACACCAAGAAGGCAAGGGAGGAGGCCUAUGAGAAAUAUGUGGUAUCAAGAGAUCAUUAUAAGACUGAAUAUGAAAACAAGCUUCACGACGAACUGGAGCGAAUACGACAGAAAACAAAUCAUGAAAUUGAGAAUCUUCAGAGAACAUCAAAGGAGAUGUAUGAACGUGAAAACAGAAACCUGCGGGAAGCAAGAGACAACGCAGUUUUGGAAAAAGAAAGAGCUGUCACAGCUGAGAAGGACGCCCUAGAAAAAUAUGACCAACUCUUAGAACAGUUUAGACAGCUUCAGCUUGGGACAGACAGCAGGGUGGCUGAGUUGCUCAAUCAAGUGAAACUGAAAUCCUUUGAAGUGGAGCGUGCUCAGAUGGUGCAAGAGGAAACGGCCAAGAAUCUCAGCCAGUGCCAGAUAGAAUGUGAGAAGCAGCAGAAAAAACUGGAGGUCUUGACAAAGGAGUUUUAUAGUCUUCAGACGUCAUCAGAGAAGCGGAUAACAGAACUGGAGGCACAGAACUCUGAGCGCCAGUCUCGUCUAGAAACCUAUGAAAAGCUAGAGCAGGAGCUUGAUGAUGUCACCAUGCAAGCAGCUGAAAUGGAGAAUGAGGAUGAGGCAGAAAGAGUUCUCUUUUCAUAUGGGUAUGGUGCCAAUGUGCCUACAACAGCCAAAAGACGCUUAAAGCAAAGUGUUCACCUUGCAAGAAGAUUACUUCAGCUGGAGAAACAGAAUACUCUGCUAAGAAGAGACCUGGAGAGACAGACUGCUCACACUGAACAGAUCUCCAGCGAGCUGGAAGAUGCCAAUAGGCUCCUACAGCAAGCCCAGCAGCCCUAUAGCUAUCUCAUAGAGACAGUUCGCCAACGAGACAGUCAGAUCAUGUCGCUGAAAAAGCAGGUCUCCCAGCUUGAGGAGGAUGUCAGAACAUUGAAAAAAGAGAAUGCAGCUCUGCAGCAGGUGAAGAACAACAUGGCUUCUGAUCUUGAGAGACUUCUUAAUCAUCGAGAGGAACUGUCUGUGAUGAAACAGAUUCUUAUAAGCAUGCACUCAAGGCAGCGCAGUGACAUCUUACCUCCACCACACCUUGAAGCUACCAGUAGAACUGCAGUUUACACACCCAAAAGCAAUACCAGGGGCACAGAAGAGGAAGAUGAAGGUCCCAAACCAAAGCCCACUGUGUUUACAAAUAAAGAAGUUCCUGAAUGGUAUAAGAAAUUUAAGCAUCAGACCAAAUGACAAAUGGACGAUAAUUUAUU